AUGAAUAAACUCGCCCAUGGGGGCCCCUACCCUGGUCGAGAGGCCGACGAGGCGGCUAUAUUCGCCCUCUGUAAAAUACAGACGGCAGCCGCUCUACCGCACACGAGGCAGCAGGUGUUGGGUGUGCCACCGAGAGCCCCGCCGGUUACAUCGCAUUUGCUUGCGGUCCCGGCGGCGGCGGCCUCGGCGGGAGUUGCGCCGCUGGUCUCGACCACUCAAGAGGUCGAUGUGCCCCCGGUUGCCCCCCUGGCCCCCGAAACACAAGAAGAGCCCAUGGCUGCGCUAGCCGUGGCCACCGAGAUGGAGGACGUCGAUCUGCCCGACGCCAAUCUGGCUGAGGCAAUUGCCGAGUCAGAGCGUCGUGACACUGACCCUGACGCUGCCCGCGCGCCCAGAAAGCGCCGGGCUAUGACAAAUGACGAUUCUGACACUCCCUCACAGACAUCUGACGCAGCGAGGCCGCGGAAGAAGGCCCCUAGGGCCUCCCGCACCUCCACCACAGAGUCUGGGACGACUAUCGCGAGCUCCUCCCGGAGCACCGCCAAGCAGAAACCGACGAAGACAACGCGGCGGUCCACUCGUCCACCUGCCGCCUCCCGGCAGCCGGACGAGGACGGUUUUGUUGCCCCACCCCGGCGGCACACUGCCAGGGCUGCUGCGCUGCAGCAACCGACCCCGCUGCCGACCGCCAACACGUUUGCGAGCGCCAGCGUAGAUGCAUUGGACGAUGGCGCCGCGCCCCCGGCGCCUGCCCAAAAGAAGCCCUUUGCUGCCGCCACCAAGGGCGGCCCGUCAGCCUCCACCGCCCGACCUUCGGCGCAGGCGGAGGGCGAGACGCAGCAACCGACCGCGCCGUCCACGGCUUCGCCCGUGGGGGUGGCAACCCCUGCGCCCUCGCAGAGCGCGCGAGUUGCCGCCCCGCGCAGGCGUCGUCGGCGCGCGGGCCGGGCCACACCUGCCGUUGCGCAACGGACUGCCGCCAACACUCUGCCGCAGCAGAGGACGGCACCUCGUGCUGUGCCGCAACCGAGAUCGACUGCUGCUGCUCCACAGCAGCCGUCUACUUCGGAUCGGCCGCAACAGGCCGCCCCAGUGGUGGAGGCCGCCCCAGAGGCCCCCACCGCCCCCUUGGCCGCCGACGCAGCCGAGCUCCGAUCGCUCUUGCGGUGUGUGUGUGGCGGAAGUGGAGGGACGACUGACUGUUCUUUUGGCGAGUAUGAAGCCAUCCUCGUCUGCGUCUGUAGUGUGCACGUCGGCGUGGGCGAGUUCGACGUCCGUCGUGACGGCCCGUUGCGGCCCGCCGGUCGCGGACAUUUCAUUGUGCCGCGGCCCGCCGGUCGCCCGCUCCGCCACGGCAGGCGCCUCGCCACGCGGUGCGCGGUCUGUGCCGCUCCGCUCCUGCACGUGUUCGGGUGA